GCUUCGUUUAUAGCAACGCAUAACAUUGGCUCCGCACCGGCGAAAAAUUUCUCCUAUCGAUCGAUCCACGACAAGAAAGGGCAAACGCGCGAAGCUUCGACCUCGCGACUUUUUAUAGUUCCUGAUCGAGUAAUAUGCAAGGGAAAAAAUAGGGUUAGGAAUAUCGUCAAAAAGAAUAACAGUGAGGAUUUUUUCAACUGUCGUUGCGAAUAAGGUACAAAAGAAGGGAUUAAAAAUAUGCAUUCGUAAAAAAUGCGAUAUAUCCUAACGCACAAUGUCUCCUGAACCUACUCAAGAACCAAUAGAAGAAAAUUUAAAUGUACCUAAUUUGAUCAUUGAUACAAGGAUGGCAACAGAUUCUGACAGCGAAGAUGAAGACGUUGGAAUGGCAGGAUAUAUGCCAUUAUCCCAAUUACCUACUGAUAGCGAUCUUAUAUUAGAGGACGAUGAAGAUGACGAAUGGAUAUCUCAGACUGGAGAAACAAAUCAUGCAGUACCUGUAUCAUUAAACGAUUCACAGCAGACAUGCCUUAGCGAAACAAUAGAAGUAUGGUCAUCUCCAUCUAAUAGAUCUAAUAUAGAUAUGGAUGCAGAUAAAAUUAAUCAAGUAAAAUCAAUGAUGGCAACUUUCACAUUACCGUCCACAGCAAUUCCAGAAUGGGCAAAUACCAUUUCUGAAGAAGAAUGGAAAGAACAAUUAAUCGAUCGUAUAAAAGAGAUGCAAAAUAAAGAAAAAUGAGGCUAAAUAGUUUAAUAAUUUUUACAUAUUUUACAUAAAAUUAUAUUUAGAAGAUCAAAAUUCUACGACACAUUCAUUAUGAUAUAGUUAAUGAAAUUUAUUUUUUAAAAUACAAUAUUUCUUGUGUCAAAUAUAAGAAAAUUUACUUUUUAAUAUGUGCUAUAUUAUGAAUAAUGCAUGUUACGUGAAUAUAUCCAUAAUUUGUGAUGUAAUAAACUAUAUUUAAUUCUAA